UCAUCCCUGGUGUGGCAUGACGUCAAAUUCAAGAUGGAUGGAAUCACUACCGUGGCGCGCGCCACCGCAAUCUAAAGCCUCUCGGCGGAAAAAAAAACCCCAUCACCGAAAGCUGGCGAUUUCACCGCCACUUUUUUUUCUCUUCCCCACCCCAGCCCACGCCCUGGAAGGUGGAGCAGACCAUGGAAGAAUUAUUUCACUACAUCAAUCCAGCACAUGCCAUCUCUCUCCUGAGUGCACUAAAUGAAGAUCGUCUAAAAGGCCAGCUAUGCGAUGUAGUCCUCAUUGUUGGUGACCACAAAUUCCGGGCACACAAGAAUGUUCUAGCUGCCAGCAGUGACUACUUCCGGGCUUUGUUUACGAAGAAAGAGAAUGAGAGCCAGUCAGUUUUCCAACUGGAUCUCUGCGAAGCACCUAUUUUUGAGAAUGUUCUGAACUACAUCUACUCCUCAUCCCUUUUCAUUGAGAAAAAAUGCCUAGAAUCCAUCCACCAUCUGGGUAAUAACCUUGGCAUCUCUUUUCUAACCAGCAUUCCAUCACAGACGCCUCAGAUUUCGUGCACACCAAGUACUAUUGAAAAGGUGAGCAAACCUGAUAGCUCCCAGCCAAGGAGUGUCAUUGUAUGUCAGGGGCGCAAUGAUCUUGAUAAGAAUAACAUUGAAUCCGAAGCAAAGGGAGGGGAUUCCAAUCAGAAAAAGGAAACGUGGAGGGAAGAGCCAAGGCACAGUUUAAAAUCCUCAUCUUUGAUGGAUGCCCUAAGGGCAAAUUGCAAUGCUGUGCCCAGAGAUGUUGGUACAACUCACCUGUCGGAUGAUAUGGGACAACCCCUGUUAACGGAUGUGCGUGGGGCCUUGGGUGACACAAAGUACCAUGAAGCCAUCAAAUCUCUGGAAGCUCGAAAUAGUAGGAUGAGGUUUUGUUGGGAUAGGAAAAGUUCCAUGAGUGUGGAUGGUACUUCAAGUUUCAGUGGGAAAGUUUCUGAUACAAGGCAAAGCCUGACUGAUCUCUUGGUCAAUGGAACGUCUUUAACUAGGCCACAACUAACACCUGCAUUCUCGUUUCAUGGAACUACAGGAUUUGCAUAUUCCCAACCAAAGUCUGGGCACACAGCAAAUCCUGGCACAAUUGAAGAGAAUAAUUUUCUAUAUUUCACUCAGGUGGGGCCCAUUGUUCAACCCCCAAUAUUGCAGUCUAACACCCAGAAUGUUGUCAGCAGCGGCCCAUUAGUGAAAAGUCUGCUUCGGAGGUCAUUAUCAAUGGAUAGUCAGGUCCCUUGUUACUCUUCUCCUCUUGAUCAAAAGAUGAAUUACGGAUCAUCAAUGUGUAAGCAUGAACCUCUAGAGAUGAUUUGUGAUGCAUCUUCCCAAACGCUGAUAAAUACAAAUUCAAUGAAACAACAACUUGAAAAAGAUGAGCCUCAGGUUGGCCAGACUUCUUGCCCAAAACAGCUUGAUGGAUCUCGGCCUUCCGAAGCAGAGGGCAUCUCUUUACCAUCAGCUGUUAAAGUAAAAGCAGAGCCUUGUAGCCCUGUCUCAGAGACAUCUGAUAUUAUUCGAGUGACUGUUGGAGAAACCUUGCCAUCUACCAGUAAGGAAUUCUCAGUGAAAAGCGUCGGGACGACCAGAAGGACAUCCACGCUGCCAGUAAAAAGGAGGUUCCAGGCUGAAAAUGCAAAGAUUUCCGUUGAGAAAUCAGAAUCUUUCCAGCAUUCUCCCAAUAUCACGAAAAACGUUGUGGAAAGUUCAAGCCCUAUUAUAGAUGAGGCUAAUCAAGAUCUGUUGAAGACUGAGCAGAACAAAGAGGAACAUUUUAAUCCCGAAUCAGCAAUAACUGGGAAGCGAUCCAAGUGCACAACCUGUUCCAAGAAAUUCCGAACCCCAGCCGGCCUAUUCCGUCAUGUUGGCAUGUACCAUAACCCAGAUAAGCCACAUGCCUGUGAUAUCUGCCACAAGAAAUUCCUUACCAAUUUCAAAGUUUGGACACACAGCCAAACACAACAUGGGAUAGUCAGUAACCCAUCAGCAGCUCCCAGCUCCUGCCCUGCCUCAGAAGAAAAAUUUCAAAAGAAACUAAGUGAUAUGAUACGUGAAAGGGAGAUCAAGAAGGCGCUGUUUCACAAGUUGCGACGAAAGCAGAUCUCUCAUAGUUACCCAAGCCUACGGUCAGAACAAGGAUUCAAAAAGAAUUUAAAGCCUACAGCCAAAGGUGUGUACAUAUGCACAACAUGUGGAAAGCUGUUCCGCUUCCUGUCACGUUACAGGCAACACAUGAAGACCCACCCAGGUGAGAAGCCUUUUGUUUGCAAGCUCUACAAUAAGCCUAUCAAGCCAAAAGAACAAUGUAGUACUGAAAAUGUGAGUGAAGAGAGUUUGGAAAAACAAUGCGAUCAUUGUAAAAUCAAGAUGCCUUCUAAGGCAGAGAAGACAAGACAUGAGAGGAUUUGUAGGAAUGUUAAUGUGUGCUGCUACUGUAGUCUUAGGUUUUACUCCAGAGAAUUAAAGCAAGAGCACGAAAGUCAGUGUGAAUACAAAAAACUAACCUGUCUAGAGUGUAAACGCACAUUUAAAUCCUCCUUCAGCAUUUGGCGCCAUCAGAUCGAAGUCCAUAAUGAAAAUACAAUGGCCCCAGUAAAACAGUCUUGCCUGGAUACAACAUGUCACAAUGGUGUCUUGGCAAACGAAGCUCAGACUGAAGUUGUAGAGAACUCCAUUGCUAGCCCAAGUACCUCAAAGGAAGACGAAGCAUGCAGUGAUUCUAUGGAACCUAUGUAUGUUGACUCUGAAAAUUCGUCAUGCUUUCCUGAAGACCUGAGUGUCUCCAGCCACAGAAAUGCAAACACUGAGGAUAAUCAUGUACCUGACGCAGUCUCCGCUAAUCCCAUCCAUUUGGAAGACUUGGCUUCGGAAUCAAACAGUUGCAGUGGGGAGCCAGAGGAUCUAACUUACAAAGGAGAACGUGAACUUUGGCCGUGUGAAAAAUGUGGCAAGCUCUUCCCGAUACGCAAGCAGUUGGAGCGUCACCAGGAAUUGCUGUGCACUGUUAAGCCGUUCAUUUGCUACAUUUGCCACAAGGCCUUCCGCACCAACUUCCGUCUCUGGAGCCACUUCCAGUCUCAUAUUUCUCAGUCAACGGACCAUCUUGAAACAUCGAAGCCUGCAAAGGGUCCCUCGUGUGCUCCUCCUCCCCCUCCACCACCUCCCCCACCACCACACUCUCCUGAGCCUGAACACGUCUCGAAUCACUCGGAUAGGUCCAACAGCCCGCAGGCAUCUGAUGCUCUUUUUUCCCACGCACCUCCUCUUCCAGCAACUACCUUUGAAAGGCUGUUCAUGUGCACACUUUGCCACCGGACUUUCAAGACUGCGUUCAGUUUGUGGAGCCAUGAACAGAUUCACAACUGAGAUGAGACGUAAAUUUCCUAUGAUAUCUUUGGAAUUCCACAAGAGUUAUCUAUAGAGGUGCAAAGAGGUUGAAUAUAAGGCAAUACAAUGUACUCCAAAUGUUUAGUAAAAUAAAGAGUUGGGUAAGAACGCUGUAAAGUAAUAUAUUAAGCUGGUAGAAGAAAGUAAAAUGUUUAGAAUUUUUUUUUAAAUCCAUCUUGUUACUCCGGUGCGACAUGGAAGCAUUUUUUAUAUGAUGGGAGUUUGCCAGUAUUACAAAAUCAGUUUCAAUUAAUACUGCAGAACCAGCUGAUGCAUUGAGAUGACUGCUUAUCAUUUGUUUUUAAACUUGAAUAAUAUGAAAUGUCGGUAACUUCAAAGCAAUUUUAUUCUGUUGGCGCCAACAUUUUCUGGAUCAGUUCUUUUGACAGAUUGAUUAUUCAGUAGAUUCAGCUAUAAAGUUGUAUUUUAUUUUCAGCACAGAAAGGUAUGAUUAUGAACACGAUGGUUUAAAGUCGAUGGUAUGUGUUGCAAUCCAAUGAUCAAUCAGUGUAGAUGUAACUAGCCAAAAGCUUCUUGGAAUUAUUGGGAUCUCCUACAACAAAUGAGCCUCAAAUUAGUUUGAAGGUUAGGAGGAAAAACUGAAGCUUGGCUGUCCUAAUUAGUACCAAGGAUGACAAUCUACAGCAUUUUAACUGAGAUGUCUCCAAAAAACUAGUUUGCUACCUAGUCAGAGAAGGAUAGAGAUUAUCCUCUUUUCAUGUGCUAACACUCAAGUCAUUCAAUGAUUUUUAUACUGUACCCACUGGAGAAAAAGUGCUUCCAUUGUGAGAUUUGAAGUAUACAGCGACAUUCUUAAAAGAUACAUUGUACCGUGGCCAGGUCCAAAAUGGAAGUUCUAAAUGGUGGGAAAAGAACCUUCACUACACAAUUGAUGGCAAAAGAUAAUGACAGAAACCUCGAUAGGGAACAGUAGAACGGACGCAGUCCUGUACAUACUCCCACAGUUAGUCUCCUUCAUGUGAUGAGAAAAGUUCAGUUUGUUUGCUUAAUUACAGUUAAUUCAUAGUUAGUAAAAUAAUGAUUUUCUAAUGAUGAUCAAUGAUAUCAUAGACAAUAGACAAUAGGUGCAGGUGUAGGCCCUUCGAGCCAGAACCGCCAUUUAAUGUGAUCAUGGCUGAUCAUACCCAAUCAGUAGCCCGUUCCUGCCUUCUCCC